AUGCUAUCAAUAGCAGUGCUUUUCAUUGUGGCCAAAGGCAUUGAGACGUCUGGAGGACUGGAGUAUGUUUCCAAGUUUCUAUUCAGCACCAAAUCUGGGAAGAAGUCCAAGUCAUUCCUCGUUAGAGGCAGCGAAAACAGUAUCGUCUGGGUCCUUCUGAAGUUCACCGUGCCAGUUGCCCUCUUCAGCGCGUUUCUUGCCAAUAUUCCUCUUGUCGCUAUGAUGAUACCACCAAUUGUGGAGUUCUCCAAGAAGGUGAACAUUUCGCCCUCCAAGAUGCUGAUUCCGCUGAGCUACGCUGCACUGCUUGGAGGAACCUUGACCUUAAUUGGUGCAUCAACCAACUUGAUGGUCACCUCAAUGGCUGCGAAGAAACUCCCAGAGUUGACCAUGAACAUAUUCGAAAUUGGAAUUGUGGGGGUUCCCACAACAGUUGCCGGAAUAUUGUACUUGCUAGCAUUCUCGGGGAAGUUAUUGCCUGACAGGCUGGCCAUGCAAGCCACUAACAUCAACGCCAGGGAAUAUACUGUUGUUUUAGUUGUGAAGCCCUCCUCCUCCCUUUGUCGAAAGAGCGUGGAGCAGACAGGCGUGCAAAAUCAGCCUGGAUUGCAGCUGCUUCAUGUGGACCGUGACGGGGUUGUUACUUCAGACCCACCAUCUGACUUCAUUGUUCAGGCAAAAGACAAGCUUCAUUUCUGUGGCGUCAUCGACUCCAUUCUCUCAUUGACGCAGCUUGAUGGAUUAGCGCUGUCCGAAGAUGAGGGUCAAGAGCAAGUUGACCUCAACAAACUCCGGCCAAAUCAAUUUCUGGUCGAGGCUGUUGUUGCAAGUAAGUCACCAAUGGUGCACAAGAGGGUUGCAGACUUGCAGCUCAGGACGCGGUACAAAGCUGCAAUUGUUGCAGUUCAUCGCUAUGGGACAAGGCUGAACAGUGCAAUUGGCGACAUUGUAUUGGAAGCGGGCGACUCUUUGCUGUUGGUGGCUGACGGGAGUGAGUUUGUGUGCAAACACCGGAACAACUCUACUUUUGCCCUCGUUUCUAAGCUUCCUGGUUUUACGCCAGUACAGCGCCAAAAGGCAGGGAUAGCUGCAAUAUUUGUGCUGACCAUGGUUGUUGCAAGCGCAUUUCCGAGCGUUCCUCUGAUAACUGCUGCCCUAUUCACAUCAGCGGCACUUAUGUUGUCCGGAAGCAUGACGUCACGAGAUGCAAUGGAGUCGCUGGAACUUCCAGUUUUGAUCAUGAUUGCUGCUGCAUUUGGAAUAUCGGAAGCUCUGGUUCAAAGUGGUGCAGCAGACCUUGUUGCUCAGGUCUUGAUGGGCUUAUCCGGUGGGACACAGAUUGGCCUGCUAACCUGCACUUAUGUGGCAACGACGGUUUUCUCUCUGGCUAUUACAAACAACGCCGCAGUGACAAUUAUGUUCCCAGUAGCACUUGCGGCCGCACAACAGCAGGGCCUAGAUUUUAGGCCAUUUGCGUACAUCCUAAUGAUGGCUUCUUCUGCGGGCCUCAUGACUCCCACUGGUUGCGCUACAAACAUUAUGGUUUACAACCCUGGAGGUUACAAGUUCGUUGAUUACAUUGCAUUUGGAGGGCCUCUGCAGAUUGUGCUUCUGAUUGUGACUGUUGGCGUGACCCUGACGUUGAGGUUUUGGUGGAUAUGGUGGAUUGUGCUCAUUGGUGCUACUGUCUUGCUCACACCAAUUCUUGCACGCCAGAGCUGGAACCUCCCACACAAUUCACGUUCUAGUCGGCAGGACGAGAAUAACAACAAGCAAUCUAAGCGAGGCACCGGUUCAGGUAACAACGGCGGGACGAGUGACACGGGAAAUUCGUCAGCGGAGGAUUCCCGUACCGCUGUUGCAGGCGGUUCAAGCCCAAGGGAGUCGAUUUCACACAAUACCGCUGAAGAGGUGCUGGUGCCAGUGGCUGGCAUGGUUGGAGGAGAGUUGGCAGCGAUGAUCAGCAGCACGAGGGCUUGUGUGUACGAGGCCACGGAGUUCUUUGUGGCGUGGCAAGGCGUGCUCACGGUGGCUUAUUCAGGGAUUCCUCCCGCUCUUUGUGAGCUGAAAGAUCGCAUGGGAGGAGCAUUGCAAAGUAUGGUACCUGAGAAUCCUGGCUCGCGAUGGCCGAAGACCACCCUGGCGUGUCUGCGGGACGACCAGAGGCUCACACCUGAGCAGCUAUCCACCCUGAGGGAUAUCUGCAGCACAAUGAGCUUUCAGCUGGCCCUCGCCCCGCCUGUGGUUGUGGACACCCUCUCUGUGGUGCUCUACGAGAACUGCUGCCUGGAGAAGCUGAUCACUGCCACCCACAUUCCCUUGCAGCAUCCUGUAGACCCUUCACCCCCGUCGCUCGAGCAGCGGCAGUACGUCCGUGGUGUGGUGGACGAAUUUGGCUCCAAGAACCUUGCAAAAUACUGGCUGCAUGCCUCUAAAGAUGGCAAUCGAUCGAGCCACUACCGCAAGCCCAAGAUGGGAGCCACAGUGGUUCACUUUCUGGCUCCCCACGAGGUGCCUGCAGCUCUUUCUGUCUUCAGGCGCCUGGUUGACACUGCCCUACCAGGCCUUUAUGAGUGGUUCUCGGAUGACUCCCUACAUAUCACUCUCCGUGCCCUUUGUUGA